AUUAUAUAUAUGGAGAAUAGUGUGCACGCCAUAAUAUAGCUUGUCCUGUGAAGAAGAAAAUUUUAUAAAAGCCUAAAAAUUGAUUAUUGCAUCAACCAUAUUAAUACUAAUUAUGGCAAGCAUGGCUAUGGUUCCUAAGCAACCCUUGUUAGUCUUAAAAAACCAUAGGUUAAGUAGUCAUUUCCAUACAAAAACAGCAUCAUAUAGAGUGAUUAGGAAUGAAAAAACUUCUUCAUUCAAUUAUAGAACCACUGUUAAUGUUCCACUAAAUGAAUUGCCAGGGGCUUCUUUUGAUCAAUAUAUGGAUGAUAAGGUCAGAGUUUUCAGAGCAGUGUUUCCUGACAAAGGAAAAACCAAACAAAUCAAUGAGGAAGAAUGGAGAGUUAAAAUGCCUCCAAUACAAUGUUUAUUCAUGAAUGUUGAGCCAACAGCAGAUGUGAGGUUAAGAUUUAAGUCUAAUGGGGAAGAUUAUCCACCUCAUAUUCCUAAUCAUAUUACCAAAGUUCUUGAACUUCACUUUAUGAAAUGGGAGCUUCAAGGACUUAAUAGCUUUUACAAUGAUCCAUACCAUUUCAGUUUAGAUGUAAAAGGUACUAUACAUCCAGAAAGAAGAGGAAAACGCAGUUGGCUCAAGAAUCAAAUGGAGAUGAAGAUAAGCUUUAUAGUUUCACCAGCAAUGGUUUUUGUUCCUGAACAUGUCUUACAAGAUGCAUUAGAAUUGAUUUUCCAAACAAUGUGGAAUGAAAUGAAGCAGGAAUUUCAUGGUAGAUUAUUGGCAGAUUAUAACAGUUUCAAAAGAUACAAAUCCAUCAAGAAUUCAGUCUAAACAUGUUGUUCAUCAAUUGAACCAAUGGAUCAUAACAAUGUCUUUCAUUUUUCAUCUGUAAAUUAAUUGUAAUUAAUUAAUUAAUUCUUUAAAUA